UUUGGUCAUUUCAUUUCGAUCUCAUAACGACGAAGCUAUGAAUGAUCAACAAGAGUUUCAGUCAACACAGUGUCCGAAGGUCUUAGAUGCGAACACCAAUGGGCUGUCUAUGUCAGCAUGUUAUAAAGAAUCCACUGAUGUUCCAGCUAGACCCGCAGAUGUGGCUUCUGGACAAGCACAAGCACCUGGACAGGGGAUGUCAAAGGCCGUUUCAUGGUCUAACAUUUAUCAAGAAUCAGCAAACACCCGAAAUUGUUCAAAUGUUACGGCAUCAACAAAUACUGCCGCAGUGAGUACUCUACCCCCAGCAAAAGAUUCAGGAACUCUUCGAGCUCCUCCUAUCGUAGGAAGUACCAAUAUAGAAUCACCUAUGCCUGCCGCGCUACCACCGGUUGUUUCUGCAUCUUCUGUGCAUUUCGAAAUGACGACUCCGUCUCCAGCGUCAACAUUAGCAACAACGACUAUCCCUGCACUGUUUGCAGCCCCUGCAGCCAUAAUGGCCCCAGUGUCUACACCGGCCUCAGGAAUAGCUUCAGUUUCGGGUCCGGUUCCUACCACGGACCCUGCCCCGGUAGCAGCUCCUGUUCUGCCUGCGGUUUCAGGCAUGCCUCGAAUUCAAAGUCCGACGUCAGCAUCCCUUCCAACGUCGACUUGCUGUGAUAGUGCAGGCGUUUUACCCACCCAAACGUCUACUUUAAAUCCGGCUGUUGCUCAAGUUCAGACCGUAGUACCGCCUGAAACCCACUCUGCAGGCUCGAUACCCAUGAAAAUACCGAUGUUACUAAAGAACUUAGAGCCAAUGAUGCUUAACAGUGGUUUUAACAAUACUGCGACUGUUUCAUCCCCAGGCACUCCAUCGACGUUGCAACCACCUGACACAUUAGCGGAAAAUUUGAAGGAUGGAGGCCAAAGAGCCAACUUGAUGGAAGCUCCACAGGCCUGUGUGACGAACCUCAAGCCAGAAACAGGGAAACUAUCUAACGCGGCCGAUGUCAAAUUGCAGAUGUCCAGUUUAAGUUCACCAAUGGGAUCCUCGAUUGAGGAAGGGAUUGAGGCCAAAAAUGCAGUUGGACUUGCUCGCCCUCAAGUCUAUGUCGCCCGUACACCUUCCCGUCAUAAUUCGCAGGACCUACUAAUGGUACCAAUGAUUUACAAUGCAGCCAAGUCUUCCCAGCAGCAAGUUUCUUAUCCGUCAUCAGUUCCGCCAUCUCCAGAAAGGCUCGCUCAAGAUGAAAUUCUUCAUGGCAGCAAGGAGAAUCAGUCAAUCUUAAGGGAACCGCGCAGGCCCUCCUGCACGUACAUGAAUUCAUCCAUAAACGAGCCAGCUGUGUCUACUCUCCCAGUGGUUCGUUUCGCUGGUGUCAAGAAAGUUCAGUUUAGCAACAGCGGGACUUCCCUGCCGCGUGUCAAAUCUGCUACGCCUUCAGACCUCAAUGAAGUUGUGUCUCGUAAUUCAAGCAAUUCCAGUUUAUCGGGAGUGUACGAUGAACGGCCCGAGAUGAUCAUACACCAUCAGCUGAUGUUACCAAACCCUGUGAUCGUUCGUCGGACUUGUGCUCACAAAAAUCAUUUUAUGUCUCUCGAGCUGUUCGUCUUCUUGGUGGUGAUUCUGAACCUCGUCUUUCUAAGUUCGGUCGUCUACCGAACUCUAUACGAUGAACUCAAGCCUGCCCAAGAGCACGUCGUAAAGUGGACUGCAACGGUUUGAAAACGAUUUUAAUCUUUUGAAAAUGUGAGGCACGGUUUCAGCGUUCGGGUACCCGAUAAUGUGCUGUUAAAAUAUGCACUGAGUAAGGCUUUUAGGUUCAAAUAUAAGAUCAAUUCUACUGUUUCUGUAUUGUGGAUUGCUUUUAUAUUGUAUUUAUCUUAAUUUUGGCCACAUACACAUCCACAAUAGAAACAUACUGUAAGGUGUUGAUCUUUAGAAUGCAGACCUUUAGAUAAGCACCACGAUAUAAUCAAAACGAAUUGCCAUCGAGUCCCUAUUGCUCAAUAAGCCAUUUCCAUGGAUUUACGAUUUGACGGAUUCACGGACAAUCGAUAUCUCGCAGUUAUUCUAUAUUUAUAGUGAAAUAGAACUCUCUACAUACUACCCAACCGUUGAGUUUUUGAGUCGUAGUGUGGACUCAUUCGUAGACGAACGGUGAGUUGGUGUUCGUAAAACCACGGAAAUCUACAGACUGUUUGAUGGUGUGCCUAUUGGAGCCCGUAUAUAUGUAAGCACUGGACGCUCACGGAUAAGCUGUUUAAAAUAUCGAAAUGACUAAGUGAAAGGCAGUGGCAUAAGUGAAACGUCGUCGUAUUGCAAAACUUAGCCUUCUAUGGCAUAAUUUACAAUUUAAAAGAAGUUGAAGAAAACACAAAGAAAAUAGCGCAUCUAUAAUUGAGGGUCAAGCAGGAUAGCGUGAAGUUGCGUUACUUCCCACUACGUAGAAAGAGCUUGUUUCUAACAACAGGAGGCUGAGAUUUGAGAGCUGGAAGCACAAACGCUGUAAAUUACCAACUACAUCUAAGAACCUGAGUACCCUAUUAUUAUUGGGAUACUGGUUCGACAUCAGUCCAUUAUCCAAAUCGUGAGCGUUCUGUCAGAAAGAACCAUGCCCAAUGAAGAGUUGUGAAUUCCGUAACCGUUUGAGGUUAGGUGUUUCUCUGUUUGGAAAUUCAAGCGAACUCCAUUGUGCUUUUGAGGAAAACAUAAGCACGUGCGUACGCAAACUUUUUCUCUCCCGUUCACAGCCACUUCGGUAAUUAUGCUUAAGAUGUUUGCGUUUCGAAUACUUAUAUGUCUAAUGGUCUCUGCUCUUGUCACGAGAGUAGCAAGCAGCCCUUCGAAGAUAAUUUGGGUCUACCCACAUGAAGAGCCCGGGAAACAGACCAGAAACAAGCCAACGAAAUCGUCAAGCCUAGUUUGGGUUCGCAACAUGCAGAGCAAAGUUCUUAAGCAAAAUGGAGUUGAUCAUCCCAUAGUAUCCACGAAUAAAUGACUUCUAGUGUUAUAUAUGUACAAUGAUCGUGUGGUCAGCUGUGAACUGUUUCAUAAUGUAAUGAUGCAGAUCCAUUUACAAGUUUCAAUUCUGCAAUGACAGGUGGCACAACUUGCUCCAUAACGUUAUAGGGAUUUGCGUGAACUUUUUCGGGUAGAAUAAAAACGUGUGUCACCUAAAGUCAAAUAGUUCAGGCUCGUCAAUUAUGAAAUAACUUCAUUUACCAACAGCAUUUCUUUGAACGUCUUGAUGGUAUUCUUUCAAC